AUGGAAAUAGAGAAGCUUGCUGCUGCUGCUCAUUUUUCAACACAGAAUAAACCUAGAAAUGUAUUCUUGGAUAUAUCAAACGAGAAUCAACCAUCACGUAGAUACUUUGUAGGAAGAUUCUCUACUAGUAGUACAAAGUCCUGUGAAUCAAUUGUUCAUAUAUCAAAGACUCCUAUUACUGUACAUCUAUCAUACGGUCCGUUGAUGUAUCAUGAUUUAGGUCCUCAAACAAUUUAUGAAUUCCUUUAUGAAGAUCCUGUUCAUUUGGGAAAGAAAAAGUUUUUAACAUUUGGAAGAAGAGGACCAUUAUAUCAUGUUUGUUAUAGUGUAUCUCUUGUUAAAUAUUCAUAUGGAUUCUCAUUGAACAAGAUUAGUUGUUUGAAACAAAUCACAACUCAAAAGGAUCAACUAUUUGCAGAGGUUGAAUUCAAUCAUAGUCCUCAGAGUAUUGGUUUGGGUCAUACCAAUCGUUAUCAUUUGGGUAAUUUCCAAUCUCAUGAUAUGACUGAAAUACAUAGUGUUCAUAAUUUAACAUUUUCAACACUUGGAAACUUUGUUAUAACAUUUUAUGUAAAGACACCAAUAGCAGAAUAUAUCUUGGGAACUAUGAAAUAUACACCAACACAUGAGAUUAGUAAUAAUCCAGCUAUAUUACAAGGGUUGUCGGCAUUUACAUCGUCUACAACUAGUCCUAUAAUGCCACCUCCACUUGCUCAGACACAUCCAACCAAUCCAUCGUCAUCAUCGUCGGUUCCGUCGAGCGAGUAUUUGGCAAAUGAUCGAACACUAAAUAUGAGUAAUGAAAUGUAUAAUAGCGGCAACCACAAUAGCAAUAAUGUACUCAAUAAUGUACAACAGCAACAACAGCAGCAACAGCAACAACAACAUCAACAACAACAACAGCAACAACAACAAAUCAUUUUAAACAAAGAGAGAGGAGGAUUGUUAUUUAAUCGUACAAACGACGACAAGAUCUAUACAUUCUUGAUGGAUGAUUUUUCAACGACGAAAAAGAUCACUCUAACCUCUCCCGAAGGUAAAGGAUCAUACGAAUUUGUAUUUACAUUGACAAAAACAGACUAUAUGUUGACUGGCGAGUCAAACAAUCAAAGACUGGAUGGAGAAGAAAUCGACUCGUCACCACUUUUAACAAUUCACACAAAAGAUAAUCCAAACACUGCACCAACAAGAAGAUAUUUACCAGUAGUUGAUAAAGAUAAAAAUAUACCUACCAACGCUACUAGUAAUAGUGCAAGUAGUAAUAAUAAUAAUAAUAAUAAUAACAAUUCAGGUCAAGAAGAAAUUAAUAAUACAUCAUUUAGUAUACAGACAGAAGGAAAUGAUGUAGAGAUUCUUAUUGAUGGUUUACAAACAUUUAGAAGAUAUUUUGAAGUGAUGAUGGCUGCCAAACACAGUAUCAAUAUUUUGGCUUGGGAAUUGUCAUUUUCAUUUGGUCUGGUGAUGACUGAGCGAGUCAAGAGUGGAAUCCCAACAUUUUCAGGUGGUUCAACAGAAAGUCUUGGUAAAUGGAUUACAUUGGAGGAUGUUUUAUUGUCUCGAGCAUUGGAUGGUGUCUCUGUUAGAAUCAUUGUUUGGCGUCAUGAACUACUUUCUCAUCUUACUAGAUUUUUGUAUUUGGGUGAAGUUACAAUUGAAAGAGAAGCUGCAAAACUUGAAAGAAGAUGUAAACGAUUGGGUAUACCCUGUAGAAUCCUAAAUACCACCCAUCACAAUCUAAAUGACAUUUAUGAGGAUGAAUUGCAUCCACCUCAAUACCAAUACCCAACACCACAACAACAACAAAAACAACAACAACACCUCAAACCAAUUGGUCAUAUUACCAUUAUUAUUGCUGGUAACCCAGAAGGUAUCCUUUCAUCUCAUCAUGAAAAGUUGGUAUUGAUCGAUUCAGAGUGUCCAGAGAAUUGUGUAGCUCUUACUGGUGGAUUUGAUAUGGCUCGUGGUCGUUAUGAUCAACCUUUACAUCAAAUUCCAAAACAAAUUAGAUAUUUACCAACAACAAAAGAUGAAAAAUUGGGAAAUUCUACAUCUUCUUCAUCAAAUUCAUCAAAUUCAUCACCUACAAACAAUUUAAAUCGACCAAUUAGAUAUACAGGUACCAAUAUUCAACCAGUACUUCCACAAAUUAGAUUCCUUUGGCAUGAUAUACAAAUUCUACUUCGUGGUCCAUCAACUCAACAACUUCGACUUCAUUUUAUUCAAAGAUGGGUUCAUGCAUUUACCAAUAACAUUUCUCUAACACGUUCAAAGUCACUUAUCAAAGAUGUACAACUUGAACAAAACUUUCAUUGUCAAAAGGCUCAUCUUAAAAACAAUGAAAUCCAAGUAACUCAUACCGACCCGGCACCAAUCUAUCGUGACUGUUCCGUUAGACUAUUUAGAAAUUGGAAAGGAGUUUUGGAUAGUAACCUAUUGUUUGACGAUUUUGGAAAGAUGAUUCUAAACGCAAAAGAAUUCCUCUACAUUGAACAUCAAUAUCCAUUCCAAAACUUUACUCUUACCUAUUACAUGUGUGAAGCAUUAAAAGCAAAACCAAAUCUUCAUAUCUUAAUCGUUACUCCAGUUAAAACUGAUUUACCAAGUGGUCUUGUCGGUGAAUUAUUUGAUUGGUCUCAAGAUCAUAUUAUAAGACAUUUACAUUUAAUUUAUAGUGUUGCGCCUGAUAGAGUUGGAGUUUAUGGUUUAAUUAGACAAGAUGAAGAAACAAAAAGAAUUAAACCAAUUUAUAUUCAUUCAAAAUUAAUAGUAGUUGAUGAUGUAACAUUAAAUGUUGGUAGUACGAAUAUGGAUAAUAUGAGUUUUUUUCAUUCAAGUGAAUUAAGUAUAUCAGUGAUGGAUCCAGCACUGGCAAGAGAGACUAGGGUAAGAUUGGCACAAGAACAUCUUGGAGAUCAUUACAAUGAAUCAAUGGUGACCAACUUUAUGGAAAUGUUUCAUUGUUUUAAAAGAGUUUCAGAUGAAAACUAUGAAAGACUACGUCACAAGAGAUUAUUAAUUGGCAGACCUAUUGCACUUAAUCCUCUUGACAAAAUGGAUAAACAAGGUUGUAAAUAA